AUGGGGGCGGCGCUGUCGAUGCAGAAGUUCCUGGCGACGCCGCUGGCCGCGCAGUGGAAGUUCCCGUUCGUGGUGAACCCGCGCUUCUGCCGGCGGCGCGUGACGACGCUCGAGCUGACGGACAACUUCUGGACGCACGCCAUGGACAUCAACGGCUACGCGGUGCGCGAGGUGGACUCGGGUCGCGUGCUGUUCCGCGUGCUGCCCGCCAUCGACGGCCAAGUGGCGGACGGCCGCACCAAGUGGCUCGUGGACGAGUACGGCAUCCCCGUGGCGCACCUGACGCACAGAGAGCACCCCAACGCCGCCAGCUACGACGUGUGUCUGGGCAAGCGUCGCCAGCCGCAGGCCAAGGUGCUGACGAAGCUUAUGAUCAAGUUCGUGCCCGGACGAGGCGAGCCGCUGCUGGCCGAGGUCGACGACCCGCACACGGGAGGCAAAAGCCGCGUCGGGUGCCACGGAAUGUGGCGGCAGCGGGCGGCGGUGCUGUAUCUCGAGCGAGGGCGCGGGGGUCGACGGGAACCGAUCGCCAAGGUCUAUCGUCCAGCGAGUAACCGCAUGUCGUCGUUCGGCAGCAACUCGUACCACGUGGAGACGGCCAUUGGCGUGGACAUGGCGCUGGUUCUGCUCAUUUGCGCAGCUAUGGACGACGCCAGCGUGCAUUUCCACAAGGUACAUCGACACCCGCUGCUCGGCAGCUCAGGAAUUCAAUGA